UCCCUAGUUCUUUUUCCGUGGAGCGUUGUCCCGACACGUUGUUUUUUUGCUGGUCUGCUUUAAUUUUUGAUUAAAAUUAAAGUGUAAAUUGAUUGAAAAUGGGUCGCGUCAGAACCAAGACAGUAAAGAAGGCCGCCAAGGUCAUCAUUGAGAAGUACUACACACGUCUCACAUUGGACUUCCACACCAACAAGCGCAUCUGCGAGGAGGUUGCUAUCAUUCCCACCAAGCCCCUGCGCAACAAGAUUGCCGGUUAUGUUACCCAUUUGAUGGGCCGUCUGCGUCACUCCCAGGUGCGUGGUAUUUCCAUCAAACUGCAGGAGGAGGAGCGCGAGCGUCGUGAUAACUACGUGCCCGCCGUUUCCGCUCUGGAGCAGGACAUCAUCGAGGUUGAUCCCGAUACCAAGGAGAUGUUGAAGCUGUUGGACUUCCACAACAUUCGUGGUCUGCAGUUGACUCAGCCCAACACCAACAACUUUGGACGUCGCAAUUAGAAUCCUCAACUAUUCUAACCAGAAGUGAAGUGGAAAUGAUGUCUCUUAUAAAAGAUAAAUUUUUUUUCUGUUUUUCCCUGGAAGCACAAUAAAGAAUAUGUGUGUGUGAAAGUGUAAACGAAAUCUGGAUAAUUGUGUUUUUUUUUUUUUUAAAUUUUGUUUUAAUAUGCAUAUGUCUAUCUAAAUCUAUCUAUGCAUGGAGAGAUAAAGUCUGAGAUCACUUUUAUAUAUAUUGUGUCAAUAUCUUGCCUCUAUUUGGAAUCGGUUUUUCAAUGGCUUUAUUUAUAGGUAUUGACCGUAUAUAUUAUCAUGAAAUGCGAUAUGUUUUUGUUUAUAUGUACUAAAUCUAUUGAAUGUAUUAAUUCUGUAAGAUCAAUCCAAAUCUAAUGAAUAGAUUGUCUACUUUGAUCACAGAUAAGUCUGUUACCAUCACAACAGCAUUUUUCAGACAAAACUGAUUAAAACUCUUGUACAAUGUAAAUGUUUCUCUUGCUGUUC